AUGAACUCUUUUAUUUCUAACACUACUGACGCGAAGGACGAUGAUUCUGCACUUGUGACAGAUCAUGGUAUUACUUUUGAUCUUGAGUCAAACGUACCAACUUCUGGGAGGAGACGGAGACUCUCCAUUCACCGGCGGCUUUCUGAAGUGUCUCUUUCAGAAAAAGUCGCCCCAGAGACUGUGUUACCAAUUGCUUUCAAAACUAUCUCUCAUAGGAUUGAAGAUCAAGCUUCUUUACAUUAUCCAAACCCAAACUUGGAUAAGAAAACAAAGGAGCUUUCCGAGAAUACUUGGCAUACAGAUGAUAUUGACACUCUUACACAAACAUUCCGCACCAACCGUUCUUCGGGUUUAUCCCUCCAGCAACAUACCGAAGCCUAUAAGAAGUACGGUUCUAAUGCUCAAUCAAAACCACCUUCUGGUCUUUUUAGAAAAUUAUUAACAUACUUUUUUGGAGGGUUUGGGUCCUUGCUUAUGGUUGGAGGGGUGUUGUGUUGUAUUUCAUGGAAACCUUUAGGUCAACCACCAGCUAUCGCUAAUUUAGCACUUGGUGUUGUUUUGUUUAUUGUAUUUUUAGCCCAAGCUACAUUCAACUUUGUUCAAGACAUUUCUACCUCUAAAGUGAUGGAUUCAAUUCAUGGAAUAAUGCCAUCUGAAUGUCAAGUCGUAAGAGCAGGUGAACUAUGUGUGAGUCAAGUUAGAGAUUUGGUGCCCGGUGACUUAGUUGUGAUUGACACUGGUACCAAAGUUCCUGCUGAUAUUCGUCUUGUUGAGUGCAGCCUUGAUUUGGCUUUUGACCGAUCUGUUUUAACAGGUGAAUCCAAACCAAUCCAGGGCUCAACUGUACCGGACCUCAAAGGGGCUAACUAUUUAGAAUCACGUUGUAUCGCCAUGCAAGGUUCUUUCUGUGUUACAGGGACUGGUCGUGGUAUUGUCGUUUCUACAGCAGAUGAUACUGUCUUUGGACAAAUUGCUAAGAUCUCUUCACAACCGAAGAAAGGUCUAACUCCCUUGCAGAAGGAAGUAUUGCGUUUUGUGAUCAUGACCACUGGUAUCAUUAUUUGUUUAAUCGUUCUUGUGUGUAUCUUGUGGGGCGCUUGGCUUAGAAAAGAUUACCCUGAUUGGAUUAGUGUACCUACUUUGAUUGUUGACAUUGUUUCUGUUGCAGUUGCCUUCAUUCCAGAAGGUUUACCUAUUGCUUUGACAACUUGCUUGGUUAUCACAGCUAGUGUUAUGCGUAAAAACAAGAUUUUAUGUAAAUCUUUAGCAGUUGUUGAGACUUUGGGAUCUGUUAGUGUGCUCUGCUCUGAUAAGACAGGUACUCUAACCAAGAACAAAAUGUUUGUUACGGAUUCAUGUUUAGGGUCGGAAAUUUUAAAUCCAUACUUUCAAGAUGAAGUAAGUGAGAAACAGGAACCCAUACAGAAUAUCGAUGGUAUCGGUCACAUCCAUGCAGUUGCUGGGUUGUGUAAUAGUGCUACUUUCGAUCCGAGAACAACUCACCUCCCCUUGGUUGACCGUGCAAUGCAUUCUAAUGCAACAGACCAGGCUAUCUUAAGGUUUGCUGAAGCGUUAGCGCCUACUGGAGAACUCAAUAUGAAUUGGACCAUGAAAUCGGAAUUAUCAUUCAAUUCCAAAUCGAAGUUCAUGUCAAGAUUAUACGAGAACAACGCUGCCCAUAGCAAUUUUUCAUGCAAGGAGGUGGGACUCACUGAUCCACUGUCACAGUAUUUAUUCACCAUUAAGGGUGCCCCGGAUAUCUUACUCUCUCGUUGCUCGCACUAUCUUGAAGGUUCUAUUGUUGUUCCCCUUCAAGAAAAUAUCAGAGCUAAAGUUAUGGAUAUCCAGAAUUCUUGGGCAAAUCAAGGUAAACGUGUGGUUCUUUUGGCUUCAAGGAUUGUUAACAAGGACAAAGAAUUGUCGAAAGAAUUUUGGAGUGAUCCUACUGAAAGUUCCGCUUAUCUUACAUCUCUUUCUGCAUCCAGAUUGACUCUUGUCGGUAUGGUUGGUAUUACCGAUCCACCUAAGGAUGACAUUCCUGAAGUGGUAUCUACAUUGAGGGCUGCUGGUAUUAGGUUGGCCAUGGUUACAGGUGACUUUGAACUUACUGCUGUUGCAAUUGCUAGAUUGUGUGGAAUUAUUACCAAAGAUUCAGUUGAUAAUGCAAGAAUGUUGCAAGAUAAUAUUGAAAUUUGCAGCCAAAAUUCUAAUCCAUUCGAAGAGAUCGACAAGGCAAUUGUGAUUACGAGUAGUGACAUCGCUUUACUUUCUGAAGAUGAGUGGAGAGUAUUAACCAAGUAUAGUGAAAUUGUAUUUGCAAGGGCAACUCCCGAUCAGAAACUACGGAUCGUAGAACAAUUUCAAGCACAAGGUCAUAUCGUUGGAAUGACUGGUGACGGAAUCAAUGAUGCGCCUUCUUUAAAGCAAGCAGAUGUGGGAAUUGCCAUGGCAGAAGGAUCUGAUAUUGCUAAAGAAGCCUCUGAUCUUGUUUUGCUUGAAUCAUUUUCAUCCAUGGUUAUUGCGUUAAAAUAUGGAAGACUUGUGUUUGAGAAUUUGAGAAAAACUAUUGCUUACUUACUUCCUGCUGGUACGUUCGCUGAAUUAUGGCCCGUAUUGUUAAACGUGAUAUUUGGCUUGCCACAAGCUUUAUCCUCGUUCUGUAUGAUCAUCAUUUGUUGUCUUACUGAUUGUGCAGGUGCGAUUACAUUGGCAUACGAAGCUCCUGAAAGUAAUCUCCUUCUUAAAAAACCUCGAAGUGUAACGGGAGAACGUCUUGUGGAUAUGAAAUUAUUCAUGCACUCUUACUUUACUAUUGGUACUUAUUAUGCAUUUACUUCUAUGCUAGUUUGUUUCCUCUAUUUUCAACGGAAAGGCAUCCCAUUUAAAAACCUUACCUUAUCCUAUGGUGAUUUUGGGGAAAUCACAUCGGAAAGUGUUGCUAAUGUUGGUGAAUCAGCAUCUUCGGUAUAUUUUGUAAAUUUGGUCAUUAUGCAAUUCUUUAACUUGAUGGCGGUACGUACUAGACAUUUAAGUAUAUUCCAACAUCCACCAAUUAUGAAUCCGCUCACCAACAAUUAUUUGGCUUUUGUUGCGAUUGUUUUUGCAUUAGGGGUUACCUUUUUCUUCAAUUACAUUCCUUGGUUCAAUAAAGUUUUAGGAACAGGUCAUGUUCCUGUGGAGUAUUACUUUAUUGCAGUUGGAUUUGGUGCAGUUGUUUUGUUGUACGAUGAAAUCAGAAAGUACUAUGUGCGUAAAUAUCCUAAAUCAAUCUUGGCAAAAAUGGCAUGGUAAAUCUAAAUACAGUUUGCUAAGUUUUUAUUUAUAUGGGCAUAGUUUAUAUAUAUAUAUAUAUAUAUAUAUAUGUAUACAUAUAUAUAAUUUUAUAAUGGCAUAAUGUAUAUGUACAGAGCUAUUUACAUGGCAAUACCAAGGACGUC